UUCCUGUUUACUCAACACCUGCAUCAUACUCGCCUCUAUUACUUCAACACAUGCGUCUGCAUUCAACACCUGCAGCUGGCCACGGUGUUUGGUAUUGUCUAUUGUCAAUGACACCUGGUUCCUCGGUGAAGUAGACGUGUAAAUAUUCUUCAGUUGAGAGAUGGUCAAAAGUGCGUGACCACAUGACGAUGUACCACAUGGCAAUGCCUCCCCACAUGGGGGGUCCCCAUCCCCCCACUGUCCACUCCCCCCUAUUUCCUACAGCAAUCUUACCCCCUCCUAUGCCCCACAAUUAUGCAAUGCAUGCUUUUCCGCAGACCCAUAUCACUCAUCCACCUCACUCUACUCACCAGGUUCACUCUUCCCACCAAGCUCACUCUCCCCACCAAGCUCACUCUCCCCACCAAACUCACUCUCCCCAUUCCUCUUCUAUAGCAGCAGCGGCGGCUGCAGCUAAUGUAUCUUUACAAAUAGGUUCAGGAAAUUCUGCUAUGCUGACCCACCCAUCACCAAUGCUGUCUCAGCCAUCACCAGUAUAUCCACCUCAAACUGCUAUUUAUGUCAAUCCUUACCUUGCCCCUCAACUGCCACAUGCUCAUGCCCAUUCUCACCCUCCACACCAACACCCAUCCAAUAUUAUUUAUGGGAUGCCCUCGGGUAUGCCUGGAGGUCCGCCACCUGGAAUGUUACCGCCUCAGCAAUCUGUUGGACAGUCUGCUAUACCUGCUCUGAUCUCAGGCCCAGUGAUGUCAGUAGAUGAAGAGUUGAUGGAAGAAAUGAAUGCUUUGCACCUUGGUUACAUUGAAACGGAAGAUUCCCCCCACAAACUGGAGCAGCGAGAGAAAUUGGAACGAGUCAUAAUGGAAUACCUGGCAAUCACUCCUCACUCCCACAAGUUCAUAUUUCACCAAAUAUCUGAGGUGCUGGAGUCUAGUGUGAACACCAUUAGUGACUUCAGUGCAUAUAGUGCAGCUUGUGCAUUUGAUGCUUUGGCCCAUUAUGCAGCUAAUCUCAUUGCACAACCUUGGAGAAAAGAAUAUAGAGAAGUUAAGCUCUACAGUGGCUUUUGGGUACAUCAAGUGGCCCAUCAUUUAGCUGGUGCUGAAUCCGUUCUUUCAUUGAUGGGGUAUGCUCCUCGGUCCAGCCCCCCUCCUGGAUCAUCUAACUGUGGUGAUCCAGCCUGCCUUGUUCUAGAUGGGGUACUUGAUCCGGAUUUGAUCUCAAGACUUGCCCUUGAUUGUUUGAUUGCGUACUGUGAAUGCCAGAUACUCAAAAAAAUCAGUGAAGGAGUCCGGGAAUUUGGCUUGACAUGGCGGCAGAUUUUACAGUUUCGACAGUUGCAUGUUGGGGGAGUUGAUGUGACCGUCCGCCAUCUGCUGUUUACCCUGAGGCAGCGUCUACAACCACAGCUUCAACCCGAGUCCAGUCAUAGACAGGCAUCAUCAUCAGCAGGACCACCUUUGCCAGUCCGUCAAACAUCUACAGGUGUAACAUCCACCUCUCCUGCCACCAUGCCCACUUCCCUUCAACCAACAUCCACAUCUCAUACAGUUCAAGACAAGACUGGUGAUCAUCACUUGCCUCCAGACCAACAACAGCAACAGCAGCGUGCAAAUGGAGCUGGAAUUGGCAGCGGGGGCAGUAAUGUUGGAGACCAACGAGGGAGCUACCAUCAUCACCACCACCAUUUACACCACCUUCACCAUCAUCCUAGCAGUCAGACUCCGCAACACCCCACCUCUACUGUGAGUUCAUCUCACAAUUCUGUGGCAGCAUCGCAAUCUCCGGGCCCACAACCUGUGCCACCACUCUCAUACUCGCGUAGUGCUGAUACACCUGAUACAGCCAAGAGUGUAAGUAGUUUGGGCAUUGGGGUGCCCACUGGUCAGGUGCCUACAGCUAAACUCAUAGACCUCGACUCGUCCCAUGAGGCCUUGCCAUCCCUGAGAAACACACUGCUCUUGCCUAAGGUAUUGCCACAUAAACGAAGUUCUAAAGCCACUUUAGCAAGCAGUCGUGUUCUACCUCCCUUAGAAAACUCGGAGUCCUGCCCACCUCCGCCGCCUCCCCCUGAAGUGUUCCAGGCAGGUACCUUGGAUGAACAUCUAGAAGCUACUCUUUCUAUUGUGAAGGAUCCAAAUAGGAACUCGACUAAUCUGAGCACUCCUAAUGAUCAAGGUGCCAGCUCUUGGGAAACUUGGGAUUUUGUGUAUCGGGGACUUGAGAAGAGAGGUUACAAUAAAGACAUUGGUGACCGUGGUGACAUUCUCCACCAAAUAACACGACAAAAUCUUUAUCCUGAAGCAAUAACCCAAGGGAAGAACAAUAACUUGAACAACAAGAAAGAUGUGACAAAGAGUAAGCCAUUAUCAAUCAACCAAGCUCUGCAGGCUCUUGCUCUUAAUGAAACUCGAGAGAGAGUAGAAAGACCCUCCAGUUCCAGUAAAAGUUCUCAUUCAAUAUCUCAUGGUGCUGGUCCUGACAUCUUCCCAAAUCUUACCAAAAGGAAUAGCCUGUAUGACAAUAUUUCUGCAGGCUUUGAGACAGCUCCCCAGGACAGUGAUGAUUAUGAGGAUAGAAAACCCAUAUUAAAGAAGACCAGCAACUUGAUUAGGACAGAAAAUAGAUUAGACCUAAGUAACAAAAAUAAUGUCAGCAGUUCUUCUUCACCGCGCAGUUUAAGUAUGAGCAGUAAGGGCUCUCACUCUAGGCAGGAGUUACCAUCAGAGACCUCUCACUCUACAACAACAGUCCCUACUCUUCAGCAGGCCAGCAUCACUACAACAAUCUCCCAAGCUAGAGAACCUCUGCCUCUACGAGACAGUUUACCUGAAAUACCAUGGUCCUGCAGCACCUGUACGUUUUUGAACGACAAAAGUCGAUCGGCUUGUGACAUGUGUGGAAAGUCACGCAUGCCAGGCCCAGAAGCUAAACCUCUCAUUUCAGGGGGAAGACAAUGCCCCCAGUGCACACUCAUUAAUGAGAGAAAUGCUCAGGAUUGUUCUGCUUGUGGUGUACAUCUUGAGGGUUCUUCCACAUACAUAUAAAAAGAACAUUAUGUGAAAAAGAAUAAGCAAUUGUAGCCAAAGCAAUCAAUUAGCAUCUGGGUUUGCCAAAUAAACAUUGUCUAUAAAUAGAUUUUUUAUCUUGGUAAGUUACCCCAUGAGUGUUGUGUUGUAUCAUAUUUGCUGUUUAAAACCUAAUUAUUUUUGAAAACUGAAAUUUGAUCACAUGGUAUCUGAGUAAGAGUUUUUCCAAUCAGAAUUUUUUUUAAGAACGUAUUGUUCUAGGUCAGUUAGCAUUUGUCAGGCUCUUGCACUGAUGAUUAUACAAAGAUGCAUCCAGGCGAACGUCAAUGGGCUCAAGUCUUUCAUCAUAUACAGUACUGUGUAUCUCCUGUGUUAACUUUUAAUUGUUAUUAGAACUUGGACAAUAGCAUAAAACUAAACACACCAGUACUUCCAUUCUUUUACUAAAUCUUUCAGAAUCUUUAUUAUUUAGGACACCAGCUUCCGACUUAACUCUAUAACAAUUGUUUCUUUGUGGAACAAUUUGGAUGCAUAAAUCUUAAUAGUUUGUCCUUAAUAAUGAAGAGUACAAAACUGGUAGAAAAUGAAAGAAAAUAUAUAUUAAUAAAAGUAAUAUGAUGUCUAGAUUAUUAUGAGGAUACAGGUUCUUAAAGUUUGACUUGCAUCUUCUGUGAUGCAAACUGAGCUAGAUUUAAUAUUUCACGAGCUCAAUUAUCAGUUACUGUAUUACAUAAGUGGCAGCACGGGUAUGAAGCGAGUGCAAAUGCUUGUUACCUUAUCGUCUAGAUUGACAACUCCAUAUAUUUUAGUUCAUGUUACAAACAAACAGGUGGUAUGGAUUUACAACUAAGCAUGCCAUAAUUCUGUUUUAUAAGUGCCACUAUCCAAAAGCAAAUUUAAUUGUAUGAAUAUCUAUUUUUAAUAUACAUGAUAUCAUCAAAAUACUGAAUAUAUUUUCACAAAAUUGUUAGUAAUUUCUAGUAAAUAGCAUCCAGUAUGAAGAUGGCAUGGCCUAGAGUCUUUGUUUUCACUAUAGCUUCUCUGCAGUACAGUACUGUACACUACAGUACAGUAUGGUACUAUAAAUAAAAAUGUGACUGUUCUCUAUCUACUACAAAAUUGGAAAACAAAAACUCUCCUCAUUUUUCAUUGAGAAAUUCAGUCUGAAUCUAGUUACAAAAAUUCUUGAUAUCUAUACUACAUUAUAUGCCAUUGUCAAUUAAUGACUUUGUAUAUUGCGGGACACAUUAGCCAUCAAAUAGUCCUUAAAGUGCAUUAACAACAUUUAUAAAUUUUAUAUGCAAUUCACCAUUUGUUUCAGCGUUAGAGCCAAGAAUUUACUUAGGGUAGAUGGCAUCGCUAACAUGUAGCUGGAAUACGUUUUGACUUGUUGACAUUAUGCUUUCAGAGUUGCAGAAAAUGUGAAGUGUGUGUGAUCAUGUUGAUCUGUAUUUUCAUAUACUGUAACCGUUACAGUAAAUAUUUGCAUACAGAGUUCUGGGAAAAACAUUACCAUUAUAGACAAAUCUUUUCAACAUGAGUAGCAUGUUCUUUCAAAAUGGAGUAUAUUAUAGAUAACUUUAUUUUUUUUUUUUAUAUAAAUAAUUUACAAGCUAUUCAUAAUGCCAAGAGAACAAAAGUAAUUACAUUGUGUUUCAGUUACUCUUUGUCAGAGGAAUUUGAUUUACAUAUAGAAACCUCCCCUUCCCCUUAUAAUUUUCCUUUGUGCUUUCUUGUCAACUAGAAUAUCAGUAGAUAUCAGCUGUGUAUUGGUUGUGUAUUUUCAGGGUAUAUAAUUCCAGUUUUAUACCCUCACUAUUUUCCCUAUAAAUUUAACUUAUUCAUUCUACAGAUGCAUUGAAGCACAAUAAAAAUCAAUUGAUAUUUAAUUAGAAAGGUAAGAUUUAUUUUCUGUGAUUUACCAAAGUCUCUGAGGUGAGCUUCAUAUAAUUAUUAUUAUUACAGUAUUUACUAAAAUACAGCACCCGAGGUGAAAAUUGUAUAAUAUUUAUUUUUGUUCUUAUUUCUUUAUGUAUGCAUUAAGGAAAAGCUUUAAUGUAUGGAAUGUUGAGUAUGUUAUUAACCAACUAAUAGUCACAGCCAGUUAACUCGAUGAGUGUUUUUGUUCUAGCUGUCUUGGCUAAAUAUUGUGCAGGCGGGUUUCACAUUGCUGCGUGGAAUAGUAUUAACAGUCUUGUAUCACUGGCAGUCUUUUUUUUUUUUUUUUUUUUUUUUUUUUUUUUUUUAUGGCAAAAAUUUUUUUAAAAAAUUUAAUUAGGGUGAAUUUAUAUUCUAGUCUUCAAUUUCAUUGCUUCUCAUUAUAUCACCAUUUAACAUUCUCUCAUUAGUGCCCUAGAACAUAAAUAUAUUUAGAGAUGCACAUUUUAGUAUCUUAAGUACCGUAGCUUUUUUGUAUUUUUUAUCUUUUGGGAAAAACUGGAGUAGGAAGGCACACUGCUGCGAAAUCUGAAGAAAUAACCUUUGAGUGUGUGAAAAAAUCAUUAUUUACAGCCCAUCCAAACAAGACAGUUCCUUUUUGUAUAAUUAUUGGCAGUUUCAUUGUCAUGUGGAUUUGUCAUUGUACAAACAUUGACAAGAUUUAUCUUAUAUGAACUGGUAGUGGGCUUGCCGUUCUUAAUUUGUUACAUAUAUUUUUGCAUUCUAAUUAUUAGCAUAGCAUGGACUUCCUUUACUACUGUAGUAAAGGUUGUAGUCAUUCAGGGUUAUAUUUGCUAAACAUGUUUUCAGUAUUGUACAGUGUUCAUUGACAAUUAUAUUUUGUGUAAUUAAACAAUGUGUAAUGUGAAAUUAAACCUCAAAUUUAGAAAAAACAUGUUGUUAUAUGUCACUGGCCCCAAGGCUGCAGCUUAAGCAGCAUUUUCCGUCAAGAAAUGGGCAUAGCACUGAUGUGUCGGAUUGAAUUGUGUCAUGAGGAUUAGCAGGUUAAGUUUCUUAUGUUUGGUGCACCUAUUCUGUCUUAACCCUAUGGGUUUGAAAAGUAAGUACUUUACUGUAUAUACAAUAAGAUUCAACUGUCAUGAAUUAAUUAAGUUUUCAGCUGCUGCAAGCAGGGGAAGUUUACGUUGGAGGGAAAAUGAGAAUGCAAGAAGUAUAGAGGGAAUACAGAAGUGUAGCAAUCAUUACCGGUAAAUUAUGGCUCGAGACUAAUAUUUUCCAUGUGCAAAUAUGGGCUUUGGUAUUUAGAAGGUUGUAAAAGUAACACAGUUCCCUGUUUUGGAAGUUGAUCAUUAGAUAUUUUGGUGAACCUUUAUCUAGAUCUUUAAAUGUUUCUAAAUAUUUAGUUAUUUUUACAUUAUCAAUUUAUUAUUUAUAUAUAAUACUGGAAAUGGUUGAUAAUCAGUCAUUUUAACUCUGUAUUAGUACUCUGGGCUAUUUAAAUUCCCUCAGACAAACCAUCCAGAAACUUGUAAUGUGCUGGGUGAGCAAAUGCACCAGAGAACUAACCUAGAGUUAAUAGCUAUUAUUUACUUUAUCUAAUCCUUUUGCCAUAUUGCUAAUACCUCUAGGAUUGGCAGGGUUCUAAUUAGUGAUGCAUCAAUUUGGUUUUAUUCUUUAAUAUUUCAUUGCAAACUCGCUCCCUCCCACACUACUCACAAGUAAAUUAAACUCGUAAAAUUAUUUUAAUCUUUAAUUAUUGAAAAAAUUUCUAAAAUCUAUGUUUUGCUCUAUAUUAGCAAGCAUACAUACCAUUUAUGUAUAUUUUUUUUUAAUACAAAUAUCAACAGUAUAUUGGUGAAAAUCCAAGCUAAAUUACUAUUUGUUUAUGCAAGGAAAAUACUUUUCUAUGGAGUAAUCAUGAAUCUUGUCUAUUGUUACUAAUUACAGUACAUGUAUCAAAUUGUUUGGUACAAUAUUGCAAUCUUCAGUUCUGUACUUAAGUAUGCAAACAUGCAUAGUUAACAGUGAACUAAACUUCAUAUACCAACUCGACAGUAUUAUCUUUGUGUGAUUUGUUUAGUACGAUUUAAAACAAAUAUUUGCUUUUCACAAGUUGACUGACUUGUGAUUGUGUUCACUUUGAAUUAUGAAACUUUGAAAUUGCAUAACUUCAAAGCAGUGUUUGGUUAUGGCUGUAAUACCAAAUUUCACUUAAAACUGUAAUAGAGGUCUGUAUUUUUGGGCUUGAGUUAUUGAAAAGUUUGUCAGAUAUUAGACAGCUUUAUUUGUUUUUGUUCCUGCAGGUAUCCUGUUAUUCUGGAAAGAUUUUAGGGUUAUAGCAUGAAAUGCUGAAAGCCUGCCUGAUAAAUUUGACCAGCAUUUGGUUUCUCAACACUGCAAGGUUUCUGUUCCCACUGGUAAUUAAAGGCAUUCUUAUAAUUCUUAAUUCUGGAGAUACUAAACUUUUAAAACCUGCAAGUCAAGUGAUGUUAAUGUUGAAAGGGCAUUUCUUAAAUUUUAGCAUUAUAAUCCCUAGACUGCCACCUACUCAUUGAUUAUAACCCAAGUGAUAUGUUAUGUACAUACUCUUGUGCAAGGCCUAAGGCUGUGGGCCAGUAUGACACAGUUUUAGUUAGGAGUUUUAGUGUGAGUUUUUCUAAUCUCUGGUGAUAUUAUUUAUUUAGAAUAUACUUGGUCAUGAAACCUUUUAAGUGUUACUAAGAGUAUAAGUUCUUAUUAAUGAUUAAUCUUAAUUCUUAAUUUCAAAAGUCUGUUGUAAUGUCUUAAAGAUUGUUAUUUCUAGCCUUUUUUGGUGUUACACAGCCAAUUCAGGUAACCAACACAGUGUAAUAUAGUCUGUUUCAUUAUGUAUUAAUGAACGAUACACACACACUAUACAGUAUAUAUAAAUAUAUAUAUAUAAAUUAUAGUAAUGUAUCAAUACCAAGUGCCCAUAAUAAAGAGAAUAUCAUGACAAUUU